GGUAAAAUUUUCCGUACCUCAGUCCCACGUAUGAAGAUUUUUGUGGCCUUUCGCAUGCAUUACGCCUACCGUGUCUGUCGACUCGCAUCAUCAUUUCUGUCCCAUGGCAAUGGAAUAGAGCACAUCCUCCUCACGGUGAUGCAGUUGCGCCAGUGAAAUUGUUGUAGAAAAUUUCUGUGUUUAUUUUGGCGAUGCAAAACUGUAUUGUCUUGAUAAUCGAUGCCAGAAUGCAGAUGAUGAUUGAUGGUGAUCAUGACAUAGAUUUAGAGGAGGUGAAAGAGGACAAUGAUUUCAUGAUGAUUAAUAAAUAGUUCUGAUUGAGGAACGGGUGGGAUCGAGGUAGAGAAGAUCUGAUCAGGAUUGACUGAUUGAUGACAUUGAUGAUGAUGAUGAUAAUGAUGUAUCACAGCCCAAGCAAGGUGAGGACGAAGAAGCGUGGUCUACCACCCCAUGUCCUCUAUGUAUUGGCAUCAGCCCUCUGUCUUGGGCUCCUAGUUAUCAUGUGGAAUGUAUACCAGCUUAAGAUGAUGCAGGAGGCCCACUUCAAUGGGCACGGCCCGUACCCAGGUGCCCAGGCUCAGGUUGCAGAGGCAUCGGCAGGAAGUGUGGAUAGUUACAGAAGACCUGUGGUGUGGAUACAUGCAAAACAUGUGAAUUCUGGAUACUUGAAGCAUGUGAUGGCUGUAUUUGAGAGGGCAGGCUAUAUCCGUGGUGAUGCGCAGUCUAGUUGGGAUGUUCUCUGGGCCCAUGACUACCCUUUCAAAGAACUUGCUGCUGUCAUGGCAAGCCUGAAGCCCUAUCAGAAGGUCAACCAUUUUCCAGGAACUGGGUUCAUAACCAAUAAAGUUUAUCUGGCAACAUCUGAUAUUGCAUACAUUCCAAAGGCCUUCCAAAUGCCAGGCCAGAGAGAUGCAUUCCUUGUAGAGACUAAACAAAAUCCAGACACACUGUGGGUCCAGAAGAGCAGUUCACAUAGAGGAAUCAAAGUCAAAUCCAUUGCAGACCUAGACCUCUAUGCUGCAAACACAUUUAUCCAGCAAUAUAUCUCCAAACCUUACCUGAUUGAUGGAAAGAAAUUUGACCUUGGCUUCUACGUCACUCUGACCUCUGUUGACCCGUUACGAGUCUAUGUACUCCAUGACGAGAUGCUUGUACGUUUCUGUGCUAAGGAAUACAACCCCAUUGACUUUGGAGAUGUCAAUAAGUAUGUCGUUGGUGAUGAUUACACUCCAGUUUGGAAGAUGCCAUCACUUCAGAAGUAUUAUCAAGAAUAUAAUUACAACUUUAUGGAAACAAUGAAUGGAUACUGGAGAUCAAAAGGUGAAGACCCAGAUAAAAUAUACAGUCAGAUUUACGAAGCUAUUCGUGGAGUGUUUGUCAGCAAGUAUCCACAGCUUUUAAGUGCUAUACAAAGGCAUGAAAACAAGCAUGUCUUCUUUGAAUUGAUGAGAUUUGACUUCGUACUUGAUGAAGAACUGAAUGUAUUUCUAAUGGAGGUGAAUAUGUCUCCUAACCUAUCAUCAGCUCAUUUCACUGAGAAUACACAUCUCUACGAGAGAGUGGUGUAUAAUGUUCUCAGUGUCAAUGGUGUAGCAAGGAAUGUGCCUUCAAGCUUGAAAAACAGUGAUUCAAGAGAGAGAGGGAUGCAAGUUAGUACAAAGGAAAUCCUUGUAAAGCCAGACCUAUGCAGUUCUGAAAAAUGCUACACUUGUGAAAAAGAGGAAUGUCGAAUUUGUUAUAAAUGUCUGUCACCGCCUCAGAGAUUGAUGCUACAAGAUGCAUUCCUUGAACAUAAUAAUAGGCAGAGUAUGAGGAGAGUUUACCCAGUAGCUGUGACACAAGAUCAAGCCAAGUUUUAUGACAUCACAUCAGAUAGAAGCCUCCAUGAGAAUGAUCAGAUCAUGAGAGAAUGGUUCAUUGCAAAAUGUGCCCAAGAUUUAUCAUUUUGUCAGUGAUGGAUAUUUGAUCAACAAGCCAAUAUCUGGAAAUGCUGCAAUAAGUACAUAGACUUAUCUUACAUUGGCUGAUGCAUACAAGGGAUGUAUUUAUCUGCUGAAAGUGCCAUGUGUCUUUCAUAUCAUGAAGGCAAAUCCAUAUAGGUGCUUUCAAGAUGUUUUGCAAUAUUAAAAGGCAUGUCUGUGCCUGGGCCAAUUUCUCUAGACUUUAAUCAAUUUGCUUUUGGCCAAUCAGUAAGCAUAAUUUUAAUAUUACAGUAGCUGGUAUUACUGAUGUGUUAUUGAUUAAAGUUUUUGUGAAACAGCAGGGCAAGGGGGGGAUAUAAAGCUCCAAUGAAAUUGCUUCUGUUGUUCCUGUUCAGUUAUACUCUUGAUUGAAAUCAUUUUGAUGCCAUGAUGGAAUUCAUGUGCCCCUUAAAACCAUAUGAGUGAAUGAACUGUCUAUUGGUUAUGUUGCCAUUGCAUUUUAAUACAGGGUAUAACAAAAUAAAUCAUAUUCUCAUAAUCUUAUCAAAUUUCUGUCAGAGAUAUAAAAUGUAUUUAAUCUAUAUUUUCAUUAUUUUUGUUGUGUGUGUGUGUGUGUAGGGUGGGUGGGGAAUCUCACUUGCACAUUCUUAUUCAACUUGUACCUUGUAUAUGUAUAUCGCUCGAUGCACUUACAUGUUUGUCUCUCCUGCAAGUAGGUAAUCAUUCUAUGCAGUUUUCAUUAUUAUUAUUAUUAUUCUUGAAAAUGUGCAUUUUCUCACUAAUGAUUGCACUGCCAAAUGAUGAUAAUGUAUAUAAAGUUUCUACCUAAAAAAGAGUAGAUGAGCUCAGAUUGGAAUAAUCAGGUGUGUCCUCAUUGGAUGUUUAAAAAGAAAAUACAAAGAGCAACUUCUCAGUUGAGCUGCAUAAAAGGGACCUCAAUUUUUCAUUUCAUUUGAUGCUAUUUUAUAAUCUUGAGAGGAGCCGUGGUGUAGUGGUUCUGACUCUCGCCUUGU